CAUAGAGGCAUCACCACUGACUUCCUCUCCGUACCACACAGACGUUUCUCUUUACAGGCUCGGCCGUUUGUAUGGCAGUAAUGGAUGCUAGUGAGCUACCGAAUAUUGCAGUUUUGCAAAUUUUCUGAAAAAGCAAUCUUCUUCUUAAAUAUAUCACAGACUAUCACUUUUUAAACCAGAUAUUCUAAAAUACAUUUUUAUCUGACAUUCAUAUCUGGCCAUCAUGGGUGGACUGGGGAAUGGUCGUCGUGGAGGAAGAGCCCCUCCGUUAAUGGUUGCCUCCCUAAUUACCUGUAUCUUAGUUUUGGGCUUUAACUACUGGGUGUCCAGCUCCCGCAACCUGGAGCUACAGACCAAGCUGUAUGACCUGGAAACCCAGGUGCGACGAGGAGCGGCUGAGCGAGGCGUAGCAGAGAUGAAGAAGAAUGAGUUUCAGGAACAGAUUCAGAAACAGGUGCAAGAGAUCAAUCACAUGGAAAGCCUUCGCAGAAAACAACUAGAAGAUGCCCAUAACACGUACAGCCAAGAGAAGGCUAAAUUGCAGCAAAAUAUUUCCUCUGGCACCAAAACCAUAGAGGAACUCAAAGGUCAGCUGAAUCAGAUGAACAAUGAGUUGGGGAAGCUUCAGAAAGAGCUGCAGCGUUGCCAGGCCAACCCAAGCAUCCUCAACAAUAAGCUCACUGCUGACAUAGCUCACUGUCAGUCUCAAGUUCUCUCCCAAAAGAAGCUGUGUGACGAGAAAGUGGCUGCUAUUAAACUUGAAGUUCAGAAGAAUGUUCAGAAAGUCGUUCCGCCUGCUGGUGCUCCCACACAGGUAAACACAGAGGCUGGAGAACAGAAAGAAGAGCCAAUAGUAAAGGCUGCUCCCACAGAGGCUGAAGCAGCAACUGCUCCGAGCCAGAAACUAAACAUCUCUCAGGGCAAAGGAAGUAAGACUUCUGAGCAGCUCAAUAACUUCAUCAACACUGACAAAGAGUUGUCAGAACAACCUCUGAUAGAUGACAUUUCUAAAGCCGACUCCCAGACCGUUCCAUUGGCCGCUUCAGAGAAUCAGAACAAACUCCAGCAGAAAGAGGGAGAAGGAAAAACUUCUGAGGCAACGACCAGAAAAGAUUUGACAAACCAUCUGAUGGACGAUAAAGACAUAGAGGUGAUGGACGUUCAUGAGGAAGGUGCCCAAACUGAAGAUCUGGAAGUGCAGGACAUCCUACAUGGUCAAGAAAAGGCAGAGGACACAGCUAACGGUCAAAGGCCUGAGGAACCAGAGGAAUAUGACGCAGACGAGCAAGUUGUUGAUGGAGUUGAUUUGGAGAAACAGAGAAAUAAAAACACAGAGGAGGAAAUGGCUGACUACAAUGGCGACGAUGAGAAUGAAGGAGAGUAUGAAGCUGAUAAACAAGCUGCACUUUCUCAAAACUGAGAGACACAAUAGAGAAAGAAUCCUCCAAGCCUCCACUUUCAGAGAACAGGAAAUGUUGUGCACCACAGCUCUGCAGCAACCCAGCAAACCCAGCAAAACCACAAACCAGUUUCAGCGUUUUCUUGAUCUCGUUUAGAUGAUCAGAUGAUCAAUCGUCAUUCCUGAUUGGAGGACAUGUCAUCUGUUUCCUUUAUUUUUCUUUUUUUUGUUUUAGUGAAUGUCAGACAUGACGGAAGACAUCUCAUAGCUUGACACCAUUUGGACCACGUCGAUGUGGAUUAAAAUGACAAGUAUUUCAUGAUGUGUUGACAGGUCUUGAGGUCAUUUGAUAGAACUGUGAAUUCAGAUAUCAACUUACUGCUGUUGGGCUUCAGGGUGUGAAAUACUGAGAUCAGCGUCAAGAUCUGAGUGCUUGCUGUGACACACAUCAGCCACCAGAGAGGGCUGUUACCUUUCUCAUUGUUGCAUUUUUAGCAAGCGUUCAUCCUUCUCCUGUAUAGUUCCUUAGAAAUUUUUUAGAUUUGAGUUAAUUUUAAGUAGGUAUUCACCCAUCUAUUAAACAUUAUUUAAGCUAGACACCCUGUAACAGAAGAAAAUUGCCUUUCCUGUAGCUUCCUGCUAUAUUUCUCUCAUAAAAAUGCGGUAUUUUAGUUUAGUUUAAUUAUUGAUCAUUCCUAAAAAAAGCACAAAAAAAAACACACACACACAAACAUAAUUAGAGUUUAUAGAUGAGUCAAACAUUUAGUUUGAAGCAUUAUUUUAUUGCAGUACAUUUAUAUUCAGCAAUUAAUUCUACACCAUUGUUGAAAUAUUCAGGCACUUCAUUGGGAGCAGGCUUUUCCUUCUGAGCUGUAUUUUCCACUGAGUAUCAUGUGGGUUACUGUUUGCAUCUUUGAGUAUGUGAACUAGGACAAGGAAAUGCUGCAGGUGCUCUUCUGCAGAUCCUAAAUGUUGCUGCUUCAGGCCGUAUCUGCUUUUGUUAACUAGUUGCGUGUCAACAUCUUACUCUGCUGACUCUGUGGAGGUCGAACGUGGAAAGAUGGUGAAAUUACUCAGUGCGCUCACAGCCUGCUGCAUCCUCUGUGUCUUUAUCCGGCAGGGACUUAAAAAAAAUUGCUGUAUUUUAAUUGUACAUAUUUACAAUUAAAUGUAAUGUGUACAUUUACAUUUGAUUGUAAAUGUACACAUUUACAAUUUUGCAUUGUGGCUCCUCGAAGCCAGUAGAAGUGAAUUGCAUCUCUGAGAUGUGCUCGUUCGUUACAUAGUGAAGCUACACUGAGCUGGAAACUGGGUAAGUGCAAAUAUAAGACAGUUGUAGAUGUCAAAAGUAACAAAAAGUAGAUCUGAAUUUAUUGAAGGAAAAUUGGUUGCCUUGUGAUUUAUGCAGGACAAGAUAUAUUUUAUUUACUCAAUGUCUCUGUAAUAUAGAUGUAGUGAAGUAGAUUUUAAUUUCCCGAAUGUUUUAUCAUCAGUUGUCUGUUCCAAGAUUACAUAAUCUAGAAGUCGGAAAUGACCUUCCUAGAAUGUUUUUUUGCAUAUCUGAAUGAUUUCCCUCCUGUAUGUUGUGACUUUUAUAUUGUUUUAUAAGUGUAGAUGUUAUACAGCUGAGUGGCUGAAAUAACAAAUGUUGGAAUUUAUUGGAAUAGUUAAUAUUAGCAUUCUCACUAAAGAAAACAAGAUCUUGAGAUUCUGUUUUUUUUUAAAUUCUUUAUCAUUAGUGUGAAUGCUGUUGGCCUUUACACUAUUGAGUUCCACUUUUCUGGUUGCUCCGUACAUUUCGCCAUGCCUCUACUCCUGUAUACUUUUUCACCAUUCAAUUUUUAUACUAUUCAGCUUGCUCUCCUACUGCUGACUAUAUCUCUUGGUAUUCAUAACCUUCAUACUUUUUAUAAUAUUCAGCUUUUUAUGAAUUUUUCACCCCAUGAGGGAAACCGCCCCAUCCUGUGGCAGAAUUGAGAAUGACAAUAUAAAAUCUCCGUUGUGAUUCACAGUGGAUGUUUUAGGUCCUGCCUAUUAAUGGCAAUCAAUCAUCCAGUUUCAGGGCUGUCAUGGAGGACACAAGGCAGUGGCCAUUUUGAAGUUGGGCAGUUAAGCAGCUUUUGUGCUGUUUAACACUUAAAAAUAAUUUGAGCUUUUGACAUUGGCUUUUUUGUGCUGCAUGUGUUUUGUAGUCACCAUGCUAAAUGAUGCCUCCAAACCAAUGUUGAUAUCUCAGGAACCAUAAAAGGUAUGGAUUUCAUUCACCCACCGUUUUUAUAGGGGGAAUAGGGGAAUGUUUCUGUCUUUUUCAACUCCUCCCGACUCAGAGGCCAGUCCCAACUUGGAGGCAGGUCCUGACUCGGAGUAGUUUUCUUUCUAUCUCGUCAAAAAAGACAAAAUCUAUGUCUUUACUUCUUCCCAGAGUUUAGGGGCAAGCUUAUUCUGGACAGGAUCGGAGUGCUUCAUUUUGUAUCUAGAUCUAUAACUAGACUUAUAAAUCAAUCUCACCACUUCUUUCAUCUUUAGUUCCACGUUUGAAACCCAUCUUGUUUGCGUCCCUCAAAAAUUGUUUGGGGUCCAUGCCUGCCUCAGUGUAAUCCUCACUCAGGCAAAUUUGAUCUGAAUGCAAAUCCUCAUUAGUAAAAAAAAAAAGUCUUUCUAAUCUUUCUUUUUGUAGAUGCAAACAUUUUCCUUUGAGGAACAGGAUUCUCCAGGUGAUGUUUGAAUUCUUCCACAAUAACUGGAUGUAAAUCUGGGUAAUCAAGUAGUGCAAUUAAAUGCAGUCCAGUUGCAAAGUGGAAUGCAUCUCUAGCGAUACUUCGGAAAAUCCUUUCACUUAGCACUUCUGACACCUCUGAGAGAACAUCCACAUUUAAUUCUCCAGUUUUUCUCAAAAGUAAGAUCAAAACUUUGCUGUGUUCCUCCUGAAAGGUUUCUCUCACAAGAUGCAGAGUUGGUCCAUCUGCAGCUUUUUCAAUCACUUUCCGAAGAAGUUCGCUGAGAAAGUUUCUCUUUCGGUAAUCUGGGCUUCUUAGACCAGGAUGGACUUUGUUGGAGAAUGUUUUUUUUUUUUUUUUUUUCACUUUUUUCCAAAAAGAGACUUUAGGUCUCACAUCCACUUCUCUCUGUGAGCUUUCGUCAUUCAGAGUUGAGAAUUAUAAUAUAAACUGUAAUUUGGGUUUUACAGUUAGUUAUAGCUUUUACAUGGGUUUUUUGACUCAACAUGCUAGCAGUAGCCAUUACUUUUGUAGUAAUCUUUACCUUUUUAUCAAAUUUUAGCUUUUCCAUAGGUUUUUCAUAUCGCAUGGAAUAUGUUACUGUGAUUCAACAUGCUGGUGGUAGCCUAGAUGCUAUCAUUAGUAUUUUAGCAUCUAGGAUUCAAACACUUUUGCCAUUUUCACCAAAAGCAUUCACAUUUGCAUUUUCGCAGGAAAUGCACCCUUUCUAGUUAUUAUUCUGGUUUCUUCCAUACACUUUUCGCCACGCUUCUUCUUCUGCAUUCUUUGUGCUGUUUUUACCAUUCAACUUAUUUAGCUUAUUCUGGUAAUGCCGGCUAUAUAUCCUGGUAUUCGUAACCUUUAUGAAUUUAUGACUUCGCAAGUUUAGUUAACACUUGCUUGUUUUCCAAACUGCAUAACUUCCACAUACUUUCAACUAGAAACACCAUCCCACUUUUAAAAUGUAGUGAUACCCUUCCUCUACUUCAGUUUAUUUUAGCUUUGUUAUCUCUUUUAUCAUUUUCAUAAAAUCCCUCUUCAACUUCAGGGUCGCAUUCUGCUCAGAAUUCAGCUUUAUAAUGGUUUUCAAUGGUGGAAUCCUCGGACUGCUGGAGUUUGCUACUCUAGCUUUUUGGAUUUUUUAAUCCUCUGCAAACAGUAUCUGCUCACGCGCUCAAUUUUCACUCUUUCUACACAUAUUACACAUCAAGAUGUAGGUUAUCAUGUCUGGAUGUGGGGCUUGCAUAUGUAACAUAUGCUUUUACAUAUUUUACUAUUUGCAGUUCUCUGGCAAAUCAGCUCAGAGAGAGGAAAAAAUCCGGCGAGAGGAAGCCUUCUUCAUAUUUCCUAAACUAUGCAGCGUAGAAACAAAUUUUUUGUACCAAUUUGAGAUCAAAGCUUCCUGACACUCAAUGCGCUCACAUUUUUCAUACCUAUUACAGUUUUGCCAUGAAACGUGUUUGUUCCAGACUUGCAAAUUUGAUAUUCUCAUUAUCGCCUGUUCUUGAUUAUUGCCAAAAUGAUGCAUAUUUUUACAUCGCCACAGCUCAAAAACAGAAAAACGUACAUGCAUGAAACUUGGCAUGCUUGUUCACUGAUCCUUCCAGAUACUAAUGGUGUCGAUAUGUCGAUAGCGCUUAUAGUAUCCGAGAUAGAGGGGAUAGUUUGGGAUCAAGUUAAGGCGAUUUUCUACCUUUUUCAAAUUUACCAUCAUGUUUGAUGCAACUUUGUGUCUUUAAUAUAAUAUUUUUUUAAAAAGUGAAGAUGACAGGAAUGUUCCCCUCUUCCUUCUGAUCAAAACGGUGGUUGAAUUUUAUAGUUCCUGAGAUAUGAACAUUUGUUUGCAGGCAUUAUUUUACAUUAUUUUGCCUGGCAAAUGCCUCUGACUGUCUGCUCCUCAUGUUCGUCAGUUCCUCCUCGCCCACGUGACUCCUGCACGUUGGACUGGAAGUGCCACUCUUCCAUGUCUGCCUCUCUUCCUGUGUAGGUCAACCUGCUACUGCAGGGCUGUCAAACUCCAGUCCUCGAGGGCUGCUGUCCUGCAGUUUUUAGAUGUGCCACAGGUACAAAACACUGGAAUUAAAUGGCUUAAUUACCUCCUCUUUGUGUAGAUCAGUUCUCCAGAGUCUUGCUAAUGACCUAAUUAUUCUGUUCAUGUGUGGUGCAGCAGAGGCUCAUCUAAACGUUGCAGGACAGCGGCCCUUGAGGACUGGAGUUUGACACCCCUGUUAGUGGUAGCCUAGAUGUUAUCAUUAGUAUUCUAGCUAGUUUUAGCUUUUCAGCUAAUUUUGACUUUUACAUGGGUUUUUCACACUGCAUGAACUAUUUCUUACCUUUCUGCAAGUCUUCAGCAGUUGGCUUUAAACGCUUUUGCCAUUUUCACCAAACGCAUUCAGCAUUUUCAUGGGAAAUACAGGACAAAACUCCAAAAAUGUUCUAAAUGUGAAUAAAACUAACUUUUUCUGAAAUCUAAA